CAGCAUCCUCUCCAAUGCCUCACUCGAACGUGACGUCUGAAGCAUUUCGACACAAUCAGCGUAAUUACAGACGAAUCGUAGUUUUGGAUGAUUCUUCCACUGAAGGAAGUGAACGAGAUGCGUCCAACAGCUUCUUGUCUGAUGAUCAAUCUGAUGCUUCUGUUCUUGGAGAGGUAGGCAAGCAAGAAUGUGAGACCAGCUCUACGGUAGAUACUGAUUCCUUCGUAGUAUCCGAUGACGAAUAUUAUACUGACGACGCAUCGUUUUCUCCCUCAAGCUCGGAAUCAACAAAUGUGAGUGAAGAGUCACAAGGAGUGGCUAAUAAAAGUAAGAGAAGCAUAGAACUGCGUCACACCAGAGCGGGACCAAGUAGGAAAGCACGAGAUGAUGCAGGGUUUAAUGAUCUUGAGACGAACGUAGCGGUCGAUGCGGAUGAAAGUCUAGAUUAUAUUGCUGUAAACAUACCUCCAAUCACAAGCAAAGCGGCUGCUUAUGAAGACGAGACUAAACCUAAUUCGGCAAAAGGUUCGGAGGGAUCUAGCGAAUCGGAGGAUGAAAAUUUUGAACUAUACCUGAAGAAAUUGCGCACAUCUGAGAUAGAGAAGAAGACAAUAGUUACUAAACCAAUUCACGAAGAAAGCUUCAUCGUGAGCGAUAGCGAUGUCUCGGAAGAUAGUGAAGCGGAAAUUGAAGAUUCUGAUAGAUCAUGGCACACUAGUUGCAGCGACAGUGAAGAGGACGCCACUGCAAAAAAGAACAGAUUGCUCAAAAACAUAGCAGAUUCGUUCAAGAGUCCAUCUGUGUUCGCAAGAAAGAACGAAAAGAUUGAUGAAAAUGAGCACUUCCUUGUUUCCCUUUCACCUAAAUAUUCGGGUGAGCGACAUCCAGAUGCAGAGGUGUUUGUGAAGAAAGGUAUCAAAAACGAGACUAAAAGAUCCGAGCUCACGAGAAAGCUAUUCGAAGUCUUUCGCCGAGAAUGCUUUAAAGAAGAGCUUCCUGAGUUCCUUGACAUAAAGUGGAAUCCAAGACUGCGCAAAACGGCAGGGAUAUGCCGAAAUAAAUCAGACCGCACAAGCUGGAUAGAACUCUCUCCAAAGGUCUGCACUACUCCAGACCGUGUGCGCGACACCCUUAUACAUGAACUUUGUCAUGCAGCGGUGUGGAUAGUGGACGGAUGCAUGAAGGAAGGACAUGGUCCGAUUUGGAAGCAAUGGGCUAACCAGUGCAUGCAGCGCUUUCGAUCCCUUCCAAUUAUAGGACGCUGUCAUGAUUACGAGAUAGAAGCGAAGUUCGUCUAUGAAUGUGGGGGCUGCGGACAGUUGGUGAAACGUCACACGAAGUCGCUGGACAUAGAGCGAAAGAUUUGUGGAAUUUGCAAGUGCCGCUUCACUCUACAACCACGUAUGAAAGCCACAAGAGAAUCAGGCAACAAUCCAUUUGCUGCAUUUGUCAAAGAGAAUUAUGGAAAGUACAAGAAGCCCGGUAUGAAGCACGGAGAGGUCAUGCGCAAACUAUCACAACUCUAUAAAACAGAAACGGCUUCGAAGGCUGCAAACAUAGUUACUGAAGAUAAGGAUAUGAUCAAUGAAGUGGACAUAAGCGUCCUUUCUAUCACUGAUUAAGAUUCAGUCUUUACCUUACAUAUUUUCAAUAUUUACAUCUAAUGUAACAUAAGUUUGUCUAUAUAUGGAGUUAACAAAAUUUGGAAAUUGAUACAGUCUUCUCAGUAUUUGACGAUUGGUAGAAUACGAUUCGCAUAUAUAAUUUUUACAUAUAAUGGUUCCAUUGUUUUUGCCGUUAGCACAAGUCUCUCUUUACAGUCUCUCUUCUCUCCUGACAUGGUCUCUUAUUGUGUAUCUCAAAGUCAUCUUGAAAAACUCUACUGAAAAUGAAGAAUAAAUUUGCAG